AUGGCGACGGUGGCGAUGGACAUCUCGAAGCCCACGCCGGCGGCGUCCGGCGACGAGGCCGCGGCGGCCGCGAAGGGGAGGAGCGGCGGUGGGGGAGAGGGGCUGCGGCAGUACUACCUGCAGCACAUCCACGACCUGCAGCUCCAGAUCCGGCAGAAGACCCACAACCUCAACCGCCUCGAGGCCCAGCGCAACGACCUCAACUCCCGAGUUAGAAUGCUCAGGGAAGAGCUGCAGUUGCUUCAAGAGCCUGGCUCGUAUGUUGGUGAGGUGGUGAAGGUCAUGGGGAAAUCAAAGGUUCUGGUGAAGGUACAUCCUGAAGGCAAAUAUGUGGUGGAUCUAGAUAAGAGCAUUGAUAUCACAAAGAUCACACCUUCAACAAGAGUUGCUCUUCGGAAUGACAGCUAUAUGCUCCAUCUGAUCCUACCAAGCAAAGUUGAUCCAUUGGUCAAUCUCAUGAAAGUUGAGAAGGUUCCUGAUUCUACUUAUGAUAUGAUUGGAGGCCUUGACCAGCAAAUUAAAGAGAUCAAAGAGGUCAUCGAGCUUCCAAUCAAACAUCCGGAGCUGUUUGAGAGCCUUGGAAUUGCCCAACCAAAGGGUGUCCUCCUUUAUGGACCUCCGGGUACAGGAAAGACAUUGCUGGCACGUGCGGUUGCUCAUCACACUGACUGCACCUUCAUUAGGGUGUCUGGUUCUGAGUUGGUUCAGAAGUAUAUUGGUGAGGGCUCCCGGAUGGUUCGGGAACUCUUUGUUAUGGCCAGGGAACAUGCACCAUCCAUUAUAUUUAUGGAUGAAAUUGACUCUAUCGGAUCUGCUAGAAUGGAGUCUGGAACUGGCAACGGUGAUAGUGAAGUGCAGCGUACCAUGCUUGAACUUCUAAACCAGCUUGAUGGUUUUGAAGCAUCAAACAAAAUUAAGGUUUUGAUGGCAACGAACAGAAUAGACAUCUUGGAUCAAGCCCUUCUGAGGCCUGGCCGCAUAGACAGGAAGAUUGAAUUUCCAAAUCCUAAUGAGGAUUCACGUUUCGAUAUCUUGAAGAUUCAUUCAAGAAAAAUGAACUUGAUGCGUGGUAUUGAUCUGAAGAAGAUCGCGGAAAAGAUGAAUGGGGCCUCAGGAGCUGAGCUCAAGGCCGUCUGCACAGAGGCCGGGAUGUUUGCUCUCCGCGAGAGAAGGGUGCACGUUACCCAGGAGGACUUCGAGAUGGCAGUGGCCAAGGUGAUGAAGAAAGACACGGAGAAGAACAUGUCCCUGCGCAAGCUCUGGAAGUGA